AUGGCGCUGCAUUCACUCCGAUGCGUCCAAGCAGCGCUCUUAGCUGACCUUGUAAUCUCAAUGGUUAUUCGUGCGGAGCAAGACUCCAAACAUCUCGCUCUCAACUACACACCAAGUGCUUCUUGUGAUCUCCCAGCUCCGCCUCCCAUGCGCAAAGAUUCAACUCUGAAGCAGUACGGCAAAGGCACGUUCACGCAACCUCUACAUCACAAAGCACCUGAGCUAGGCACUUUCAAAGUCAACUACUAUUGGAAUAGUAGCUUCUGGGCUGGUCCGGGCUUGCCCAUAGUUGUCUUCUUACCAGGUGAAGUCAAAGCCGACCGACACUUAGUAUUUUCAAGACCAAACUUCUCUUUCGUCAGAGUAAUCGCCGAAAACCUGGGGGCCGCUGUAAUCGUGCCGGAACAUCGCUAUUACGGCAGCAGCUCACCAUUCUCUGAACCCAUGACUAGCAACCUAAGCUACCUAACAGUCGAAAAUGCACUACUGGAAAUUGUCAAUCUCGUGAAUCAUUUUGACCCACCCUGGACUGACACUCUGAGCACUGCACAAGACGUACCUUGGAUUCUUACUGGAGUCUUUUGGGCUUAUGUCGCCUGCUCCCUAAUAUUACAGAGUAUUACCUCGUAUUGGCAAUAUUACCUACCGCAAGUAGAACACGGCCGGCCGAUCUGUACAUCUCUGAUAGACAGAAUUAUAAGUUACAUCGACUCGGUCUUUCAAGCCAAUGGUACCCAAGUCCAGACAAUCAAGAAUCUCUUUGGUCUUCCAACUAUGGACGAUGAGAGCUUCCUGUACGAGAUUACUACGCCUGUCACCUUUUGGUCUCAACAGGACGUAGGAGGUCCUGCUACGCAGUACAACUGGCUCUGUGAUCUGAUAGAAGGCAUCGAAAGUGACAAUCAUCUUCUGCCGCCAGAACUCAUGGCACUUCUAACAUCGGGAGGUGCAGAGAAGCGCGGCGAAUGGGACUCUCCGCAUAUACAGAUGUUGAGGGCUCUUUACAAUUAUGCUGAGGGGUACCGUCGAGAAAUUGCACCUGCCCUCUGUUUCAACGGCGCCUUCUGUUCUAGUGAACUAGACCCCGAGAACUCCGUGCAUUCGGACCUUCGCGUCGACAACGGCGGCAACCGACAAUACGCCUGGUUACAGUGCAACGACCUAAUCAGCGGUUACAUUGUUGGCGCACCCCAAAAUGAAACCUCUUUAGUAAGUCGUCUUACAACAGCAGAGUUCUUUCUUGAACAGUGUGCUUUGUUCUUCCGUGAUGGUCCGAAUGGAGAAACUUUUGGUGCGAAGAAAUGCCGGACAGCACAUACGCUCAAUGAGUACACAGGUGGCUGGUGGCCUACAAAUGCAACACGCAUUAUUUAUAGCAGCGACGGCCGUGAUGUGUGGCGCGAGAUGGGUGUUGCAGCUCAGCGGCGACCCGGCGGACCAAUGCAAAGUAUACCAGAGCAGGAUAUAGUCGUCUAUGUUAUUGAGACUGAAUUAUACAAAAGCGAGCUAAUGACGCACACUGCGGAGAUGUACCCAGAAGUGCGUAAAGUUCGAGAUCUCGAGGGUGAACAGAUAUGCAGUUGGGUACAACAAUGGCCAGGCUACCCUUGA